GAUCAGGAUUCGUUGCACGUGCCUUCUUGUCUCCCACACGGGGUCCUCAUUUUCAAAACAAACAAAAUGGCGGCGCACAUGAGAUGGGGGCUGACGCGGUUGUUGUGGGCGAGGAAAAUGGUUCCUUUUGGGAUUACGGGUAAAACGGUGAGUUUAUACACCUCACAGUUCGCAAAUAAACCCUCCGCGGGAAUCCAUUCUCAGUUCAGGACAAGAAAUUCUCCUUUCUCAAAGAGACACUUGUCCAUUCAAACUCAAGAAACUCCAAAUCCCAGGAGUCUGAAGUUUCUCCCCGGUAAACCUGUGCUUGGAAGUGGAACGCUGGACUUUCCUUCUCCUAGCUCAGCUGGAUCUUCCUCUUUGGCCAGGAACCUAUUUGAAAUUGAGGGGGUAAAAGGUGUGUUUUUUGGCCCUGAUUUCAUUACAAUUACCAAAACAGAUGAGGAUGUUGAAUGGACACAUAUUAAGCGCCAUGCGAUGGAAGUGAUUGCCAAGUUCUUUGAAAGUGGUGACCAAGUAACAACAGAAGCAGUCCAUGGUGAAAACAGUCUGGCUGAAGAUGAUGAUGACAUUGUAUCGAUGAUAAAAGAGCUUCUGGACACCAGAAUCAGACCUACAGUGCAAGAAGAUGGAGGUGAUGUCAUUUUCAAAGGGUUUGAGAAUGGCAUUGUCAAGCUGAAGCUCGUUGGUUCCUGUACUGGAUGCCCGAGUUCUACUGUUACGCUGAAAAAUGGCAUUCAGAACAUGAUGCAAUUCUACAUCCCGGAAGUGGAUAUGGUGGAACAGGUGGAAGACGAAGUGGAUGACAUUAAUGCAAAGGUUUUUGCAGAAGUGGAGAGUAAAUUGCACAAAUAAAUGUUUAAAAGUACCAAACACAUCAAAUGCAACCUUUUUUUGUUGCGUAAACAUCUAAUCUUUCAUUUUUUUUUGCAUAUGUAAUAUAUAUUAUAUUGUUGGAUUGCACUGAGACAAUACUUUCAAAUGUUUGUCCUCAUACUAUGUACUCAAAUUGUUAUUCAGAUCCUUAAAGCUUCAGAUUACAAUGAAAUAAUACAAAACAAUCUGGUCCUUUUUUAUUUGUUGUUGUUUUUUUAACAUACCCUGCUGUGACAUAGAUGUGUUGUUGUAUUUAUUUGGCAAAUAAGUUCAGAAAACUUUUUUUUUUAAUGUAAGACUUUGUUUGAUGUAAUUCCAAAGUAGAUUUAAUUGUUUUGUGUUACUGUUUUUCCAAGCAUAUUAAAACAAAGACAAACAUUUCCAUUAUCCAUAAUUUAAUGUAAAUACAUUAAAAAAGAGAUUAGUUUGACCAUUUAGAUAUUUAUAUGCUUCCAUAGUGCAGUUUUAUUGCAUACAAAUAUGUGACAGGACCUUGUAUGGAUUUUUUAGGGAUCUAUGUUCUCUAUUAUUUUUAUUAGUCUUCUUAAAUAAAAUGUAUGGAAGUCAUAA